AUGUCGUGCUGUUUGCCCACAAAAAACUCAUCAAAAUCAACUAAGAUAUAUAUUGGAAAUAUACCUGAAAAUUGCACAGUCGAUCAAUUAUGUGAAUUAUUUUCCAAAUAUGGACGGGUAGAGGAAUGUGAUGUUAUCAAAAAUUAUGGAUUUGUGCAUAUGUCAUCAGAAGUGGAGACAAAAACAGCUAUACAAGAGCUAAAUGGUUAUGAAUUUAUGGGAAGUAAGCUAUCGGUUGCCAUAAGCCAUAGUAAAGUAAGACCUAAACCAGGUAUGGGAGGAAAGUCACAGUGUUAUCGGUGCGGUCGAAUCGGUCACUGGUCAAAGGAAUGUCCGCGUAAUUUGGCCGAACGGGUUCGCGGGUCUAUAUAUCAAUAUAAUCGGUACUACCCUUAUGGCAAUCCACGCGUAUAUUCAGCUCUUUAUGAGCGACCUUUUGAUACACGCGAUCACUAUCAACGGCUAGACUAUUACCGCGAUUUCAUUGAAGUCUAUAACCGCAAUAGACAUCCCUUUCCUGGACCUUAUGAACGCAGAUUUCCACCAGACAUUUAUCGAAGAUCCGAACAAUUAUUUAGGCGCUCAAUACCGGAGCCAGUAUUUGAUGAUUACUGUGAACGUAGAUUAAGGGGAAGGUGUUAUCGAUUUGAUAAUAGAACUUCAAAUUAA